AUGAGCAAGAAAAGAGAGAAAGAAAUGGACGAUGCAAAGAUGCGAAAGGCACUCAGAAUGGAGACCGGAGAGGACAAGAAUCUGGAGUCACGGACUGCCAAUUUGGGUGCUGUUCUGCCGGCGAUCCAAAAAAAGAAAGGACCUGUGAGCAACGAGGACUUUGAGAAGCUCUUUCACGCCCUUUGCGGGGACACAGGUGAGGGAUACCUUCAGAAAUUAUCAGGGAAUUUCGUAGAAUUUUAGGUAAAGAGUACGAUUCCGACGAUUCGUUUAUCACAGAUAUUAUGGACGACGAGGAAGCGGAGGAGAAGGACGUAUAGUUUCCAAGCUCUCAGAUACAUUUCCAUAGUUUUAUUUGCAGAGAAAGUUCAAAGAGUGCAUGGAAUCGGUGAAAACGAUGAAUCAGGACUACGCACGGAUCAAAAAGAUUCUGAACAUUGGAAAGGAGACGGCCGAGCAGAAAGAGGCGAGACGACGUGCGUUGAGAGAGCAGAAUGAGGGACUGACGACGGACGAACAGAAGGAAGCGGCAGAGCAGAAGAGACUGCGGGCGAAGAACAGACAGAUCAAGAGAAUGGAGGAAGUGGUGCAGGUGUUCACGGAGAAGCAGCGGCCGAAGAAUCUGCCGUUCGUCCCGUGCGGAGUGUUCGGCUCUCUGCUCGAAGCGAUGGCCGAUGUACUUCCGGAUGACGACGAGUCGACGGAUUACUCUGCGACGAUAAAUGCGAUAGGUGAGGACGUGCUGGCGGCCAGAAUCAAGUACAUGGGAAUAAAGGGCUGUUUCGACACGGAGGGCAAGUCCACCGAGCAAUUUCUGAAAAAGAAGGCUCGCAAAAUUCUGAAGAAUACGUCCGUCAUCGACGUGUUCAAUUCAACGAGAUACGGAUUCAAUUUCAACACUAAAAGUGAGCACAGUUCUCUUUCGACGCUUGCUUCAUCUAUUCAUUCCAGAAGCCCUGCUUGCUCUCGAGAACUACUAUACGCUGAACAAACCGUGCCCCGAUAACGGCUCUUCGGUCACAGAUCUCGGCAUCAACAUGCACAACCUCGUCAGAUCGGCAUUCCACGUGGAGCGCAGCGGAAAUUCUCAUUUUAAGCUCACCGACACUCUCAAGAUGACUCUUUUCGACUUGUAA